GGGGUACCCCCCCGCCGCGAGAUAAUCCUCUGCAGCGCCGUGGGCGGCGCGGUGUUCCUCCUGGCGGUGGUGAUCUCGGUGACGGUGUUCAUCUACCGGAAGCUGGCGUACAACCGGACGGCGCCGUUCGAGCACAGCCAGCGGCGGUUCUCGUACUCGGUGCUGCGGCGGGCGACGAACUCGUUCUCGGCGGCGACGAAGCUGGGGCACGGGGGGUUCGGGUCGGUGCACAAGGCGACGCUGCCGUCGGGGCAGACGGUGGCGCUGAAGGUGAUGGACUCGCCGGGGUCGCUGCAGGGGGAGAGGGAGUUCCACAACGAGUUGAAUUUGUGUUCGAAUCUGAAGUCUCCGUUCGUGAUUUCGCUUCUAGGUUUUUCUUCGGACCGGCGCGGUCGGAAGCUGGUUCUGGUUUACGAGCUUAUGCCGAACCGGAGUUUGCAGGACGCGCUUCUGGACCGGCGCUGUCCGGAGUUGAUGGAUUGGGGGAAGAGGUUCGACGUCGUCGUUUCGGUGGCCAUGGGCUUGGAGUAUUUGCAUCAUGUCUGUGAGCCGCCUGUGAUCCAUGGGGAUAUCAAGCCCAGUAAUGUGUUGCUGGACCGGGACUUUCGGGCCAAGAUUGGGGAUUUUGGGCUUGCUAGGGUUAAGACGGUCGAGGAUCCGGGGGUGGGGGUGGGGGUGGGGAUGGGAAUGGGAAUGGUGGAUGAGAAUGAGAAUGAGAAGAAGAAGGAGGAGGAGUUUGAGAGUGUCAGUGUCGUCGAUGUUGACCGCUCACCGGAGAGUUGUCCGGUGAGGGCUGUGGAAUAUUCCGACGCGUCUCCGGUGGGGGGUGAUAAGCUAAGUGUGGUGUCGGAUGGGUGUUUUGAGAGUGUUGAUAGUGGGAAUGUGAGGAAGAAGGGGGGUGGUGGUGGUGGUUCGGGGAGGGAUUGGUGGUGGCGGCAGGAGAGUGGGGGCGGAGGGGAAUCGGGGAGGGUGAAGGAUUAUGUGAUGGAGUGGAUCGGGAGUGAGAUUAAGAAGGAGAGGCCCAAGAGCGAGUGGGUGGAUUCGUGUUCAUCUUCUUCUCCCAAGGAGGAGGGUAAGAGUAAGAAGAAGAAGAAGCAGAGGAAGAGGUUGGAUUGGUGGGCUUCUCUGGAUGAGGAGAGGGUUAAGGGGAAGGCGAGUAAGAAGAGUAGUAGGAAGCCGAGGGAGUGGUGGAAGGAGGAGUUUUGUGAGGAGUUGUGUAAGAAGAGUAGGAAGAAGAAGAGGGGUAUGGAGUGGUGGCAGAGGGAGGAGGAUGGGGUGGAGCAGAAGAGGAAGAGGAAGAGUAAGGGGAGUAGAGGGAGUAUUGAUUGGUGGUUGGAUGGUUUGAGUGGUGAGAGUGAGAUAAAGAACAAUGGGGGGAGGAGGAAUAGCCAGGAUUGGGUUAGUGGGGAUGUGCCAAAGAGUGGUGGGAUUAGUAGCACCCCUAGUAUGAGGGGGACUGUGUGUUACAUUGCUCCUGAGUAUGGGGGUGGGGGGCAGUUGUCUGAGAAGUGUGAUGUGUAUAGUUUUGGAGUUCUGCUUUUGGUUCUGGUGGCCGGGAGGCGGCCGUUGCAGGUCACGGCCUCGCCCAUUUCCGAGUUUGAGAGGGCCAAUUUGAUAUCAUGGGCCAGGCAGCUUGCUCACAAUGGGAGGCUUUUGGAUCUUGUGGACACUUCCAUUCAUUCGUUGGAUAAGGAGCAGGCUUUGCUCUGCAUCACCAUUGCCUUGUUGUGUUUGCAGAGGUGCCCUGGGAAGAGGCCUUCCAUGAAGGAGGUUGUGGGGAUGCUUAAUGGGGAGGCUGAGCCACCGCACUUGCCGUUCGAGUUCUCGCCUUCACCGCCCUCUAAUUUCCCGUUCAAGUCGCGGAAGAAGGCUCGGUGAGUGUGUGUGUGUGUGCGGGCGCGAGUGAGUGAUGGUUGUUCUUGUCAUGAUCGAUCAUUAACUUGUGAGAGUGUAUGGUUUUAGUUUUAGGUAAACUCUAAUUGAUUUUCUUCACCAUUUGUAGAAACUAAUGCAGAAAAGAAAGGGGAAAAAAUAGUAGAGUUACAAGCCUUGUUGCAUAAAUCCAUUUGUUUCCUUUCUGGUUUUUGUUUUGGUUCCGUUCUGGUUCUGGUUCUUUACAUCGUAUGACGGUUUAUUCUGA